UUUUUUUUCAAAAUGCAAUCCAUUUGAUUGACUUACCUAUUAUUAGUGUUCAUGGAUAAUCCAUCUUUCCCCUUCCUUCCUUAUUAAUUUUGGAUUAUUAUUAUUAUUAUUAUUAUUUAUAUUAUUUGUUACCCCGUCCUUCUUGUCUAUUUAAAGACACCCCCUGCGCCCGGUCACUCUUUGUUUGACCCUUUUCUUUCCCGGAGUAAUAUAAAGGAACCCAUACACUCGUUUCCUAUUCCAUCCAACAAUUACACUCGCUUGCCUUCCUCUGCGUGUCAUCGUCUGAUCAUCUCCGCCCCCAGUUCACUGCCAAUUAAUUGAUCAACGGAUCUACUCUAAACAUCAAAAUGCGUGCUACUUUCAUCCUCGCUGCCUUCGCUGCUGUGGCUGCUGCCCAGUCUUCUUCUGCGAUUCCUGAGACUUCCUCUGAUGUCGAGACCACUGGCGCGGCUGAGACGGGCACUGUCACUCCCACUGGUGGCGCUGAGACCGGCUCUACUGUCAUUCCCACCGUCACCUCUCAGCCUGUGAUCCCUUCUGGAACGGCUACUGAAGCCCCUACUACUCCCACCGCUAGCGGUGCUGAGUCCUCCGGUGCUGUGACCGGAUCCAGCUCUGCUGGUUCCUCCACCCUCGUUACCAAGUCUAGCAGCGCUGCGAAGAGCUCCUCUGCGACUGCGACUGAGACAUCCACCAAGACCAAGUCGACCGACGAGUCCACCAGCACCAAGAGCUCUUCCUCCAAGUCCAGCUCCGCUGCCUCCAGCACCUCUGAGGGCGCUGCCGUCCCCAUGGCCACUGCUGGUCCUCUCGGUCUCAUUGCCGGUGCUGCUAUCGCUGCUCUCCUGUAAAUGGACUGCUCGUGAACCAUUAAACGCUUGGUCGAUUGACAAUAUCGCUUCCGUUCUCAAGCAUCAGUGUGCUUCCCCAAGUGGACUUGUGCUCCAUGGACCUCCCCCCUCCAACCGUCCCAGCUACCGGGGAUGGUGGAACGAUAAGAGAUGAGGCAUACGGAUACUGAGGUUCAUUUCCAUACUCCAUAUGUAUCAUUGCCUGGAAGGGCUUUUUUUCCCCCCUCCAAUUUUCUUUCUUUUCUCGUCUGACUUCCAAAGUCGCCGCUGUUACACAAGACACGCUUAAUAUUCGACGCGCACAUAUCAAACUUGUCUCUCUUCAAAGUUUAAUCAUAAUACCAUAAUGAUGCUACGCUACAGGUAAAUAGGAAUUCCAUGUUCUGAGGAAAUCCGUGAUGAUGAUUUGUUUUGUUGUACUAUGCUUGAUGUCACCUGUAGAUCUUUUAUGUAGUGUUAAACUUUGUUGACAAGUCUGCUCAAACGCAGACGCAAUAUCAAAUCUAUUAUUCUCAAUUGAGCAA